GAAGUGCGUCAGAGGAGGCGCGGGGAGAGUAGGGCGCUGUGGUCCGAGCUGAAGGGUGAAGCUGGCGGAGCAGGAGGAUGGGCGUGUGCAGGUGAGAGACUAGAGAACAAGACCUCUGUCUCCAUAGCGUCCUGGAGCAGUGUGAAUGCCAGAAUGGAUAACCGUUUCGCUACAGCAUUUGUAAUUGCUUGUGUGCUGAGCCUCAUUUCCACCAUCUACAUGGCAGCCUCAAUUGGCACAGACUUCUGGUAUGAAUAUCGAAGUCCAGUUCAAGAAAAUUCCAGUGAUUUGAACAAAAGCCUCUGGAGCGACUUUGCUAGUGAUGAAGCAGAUGAAAAGACGUACAGUGAUGUGCUUUUUCGAUAUAAUGGCACAAUGGGAUUGUGGAGACGGUGUGUCAGUAUACCCCAGAACAUAUAUUGGAAUAACCAAGAAAGGACAGAAUCAUUUGAUGUGGUCACAAGAUGCACGAGUUUCACGCUAAAUGAGCAGUUUAUGGCGAAAUUUGUUGAGCCUGGAAACCACAAUACUGGGAUUGAUCUGCUUCGAACCUAUCUUUGGCGUUGCCAGUUCCUUUUACCUUUUGUUAGUCUAGGUUUGAUGUGCUUUGGGGCUUUGAUUGGGCUUUGUGCUUGUAUCUGCCGAAGUUUGUACCCCGCCAUUGCCACAGGCAUUCUCCAUCUCCUUGCAGGUCUGUGCACACUGGGCUCAGUGAGUUGCUAUGUUGCUGGGAUUGAGCUACUUCACCAGAAGCUAAAGCUGCCUGAGAAUGUGUCCGGUGAAUUUGGAUGGUCCUUCUGCCUGGCUUGCGUCUCAGCUCCCUUACAGUUCAUGGCUUCUGCUCUCUUCAUCUGGGCAGCUCACACCAACCAGAAAGAGUACACCUUAAUGAAGGCAUAUCGUGUGGCAUGAGUGGGAAGCUAGAUGCUAUACUAUUGCCAUUUUUAUUAUUUUUAAAGAGUAAUAUUUUCCCUCCCCCAAUUUUUUUGAAUUUAACUAUUUUUUUUGCAGAUAUAUCACUCUAUCUUGAAAAUCCACUUUAUUUAUUCACACAGUUGUUUUUUAAUACAACUAAAAUUUAUAUGCAUUACUCUGAGUGAUUCCAUAUUUCAAACAAACUAGUCUAGGGUCAGAGUCUAGACAGAAGGAAAUGGGUAGAUACUUGGCACAAAUUUUGAAAGAUAACUGAUAGUGAGAAAUUGACUCAGAACAAGUUCUGCUGAUGUCUGUUAGACUUUUCAGUAAAGUAAUUAUAUUCACUCAA